AUGAAUAAUAUCAUAAUUUAUCUGAUUAAUAUUGUAAAGGUUACAAAUACAGAUGUUGAUUCUACUCAAUCAAAACCAGUACAAACUGAUGAUAAUUCUUCUUUAAAAUCUUCAGAGAUUGAGCAAAAUUUAAAAUUACAUGAAUUAGUUAUUAAAGAUUGUUAUGAGAAAUCUAAGAAAUAUGAAAAGAACCUUCUUUUGUUGAUAGAAGCUUGGGUACAUUAUCCUGAAAUUGAAAGUUUAGAAUGGAAGGAUAGAUUAAAAGAUUUUAUUGAAGAUUUUAAAAACAAACACUCAAAUAAAACUAAGGAAAAGCAUAUAGUUAGAAUUUAUUUUAAAUAUUUAUAUCAGUUAAUAAAUGUGGAGUAUGAUAAAUUAAUACCAAUAUAUAAAAAUCUAUUUGAUGUAACGGAGGAAAAAUUGGAUGAUCGUUCUGUUAUAAAAACAGUUUACUAUUAUGUUAAUUUAUUUAAUAGAUUAGAUACUUCUAUUGAUCUUUUGGAAAAGAUUUAUAAGAUUUUUAGAAUAAGAAGUUUUAUAAAAAUGUUCUUUAUGUCUUAUGAUAAAAUUUUACCCAUCAUUGACAUUUUAGGAAAGAAAGCUGAUAAUCAUGUUGUUUCAGAUGAUGAAUAUAAAAAGAUUAUUCCUGAAAAUAUUAAACUUAAUAGUUCGAGUUUAAAUGAUGAAAUUUUUACUGAGAUUUUACAUAAGUUUUUAAAAAAGUUAAUAUAUGUAGUUAAUGAAUAUUAUACUCCCAAUAAUAAUAAAUUAAAAUUUAUGAUUGCUGGUAGCAACAAAGUAAGUUUUACAAAAGAAGAAAUUAAUAAUUUUUUUAGAUUCUGUGAGGAUAAGAAAAAGAAGUUUGAAAAUUUAAAUAAUGAUAAGAUAAAUGAUUAUAUUAAUUUUAUUUAUGAUUUCAUUGGAUUUAUUAAUUUUGAAGGGAGUUCAAUAUUUUUUACUGAGUUAUCUAAAUCUCAUAAUCUUAAAAUACGAAGAGCUAUCAAUAAUAUUUAUUAA